AUGCCAAAUGAGCCAAAAAAGCUCUUAGAGAAUCUUUGUGACGGCCUUCAGACUUUCCUCGGCUUCGACUCUGCUUCCAAAGGCUACGAUGGCAGUGGUAUUGUGUACUCUGACCUAGAUAGGCUGUGUGACGGGGUGAUGGGAUUUUUGAGUGGUGUGCUUGGUGCGGUGAAAGAUGAUGAUGCGGUUAAAACGUAUGAUAAAGAUACCACAAAAAACAUUAAUACAGUUAUUAAGACUUUGAAUGAUAAUAUUGGCUCCGGGCGUGCUGGGCUUGUGGAGUCUGUCGCGGAGGUGAAGGGGUGGUUGGAGGGGUAUGAAUUAGAAUACAGCAAAAAAGCAAGCAACGUCACAGAGUUUUUAGGUGAGUUGAAAAGCAACAUAGCAGGUAAAUAUACAUCUCAAAUUCGUGCAGGUGAGAAAUUGACUAGACAGCUGGAGGAGUGGAGGCGCAUCGUGGAGAACAUCCAGAGUGACAUAAAAACUAUUGAAACUAAUUAUGUAAUUUAUUUAGACGAUGAAUUGAGAUGUAAAAUACGUAGUGAAAUAAUAUUAGUUAAAAAAUCCGUAGAGGUUUUACGUGAUUCAGCUUGCAACAUUAGUGUCAACGAACAGGCCAAGCACGUAGAUACGCAUUUAGAUGAGCAAAAACGAAAUCUGGAAAAAGCAGUCACAGAUGGGAGUGAAAACGUUAAACGCACUUUACAAAUAAAUUUUACAAAAAUACUCGACGCAAUGUAUGACUUACGUGAACAAAGAAAACACCACUUUGAAAAGUGCUAUGAGAGGUUAAGGGAGGCGAAUAAACACUUGAAAAGUCGUUUAGACAAAUAUAGCGGCACUACUCGAGAUGAGAUAUUUAGGUUAUUUGAUGAGAUAAUAAAAGAAGUAAAGAAGAUUUACGGUGAUAUGAACUACAAAAAAGGGGAACUGGAAAUGUUAGUCGAGGGGGCUGAGAAGACGCUGUCUGAAUUAUCUAAGAAUUUUGAGAAAGAUGUGAAAGCGGGUGUGAAGCAGGAUUUGACGGCAUUGAAUGGUAACGUAAAUGCACUAAAAAAUGGUAUGAGAUCAAUUUCCAACGGUCAUGAGAUUGUAGGAAAGGCGUUGACUCAGCUUAGUGCGUCUAAGCAACAGCUGCUGAGAACGACAGAUCCAAUUACGCAGAAUUCAGAAGCACUGGUAGGUAAGUAUAAUGAAGACUUGAAGAAAAAAUUCUACACCUUUGCGGAGGCACUAAAGGCGGCGAAAUUGGAUACUUUUCAAACAGAAUUGCAGGCUGAAUCCCGAAAACUUCGUAAUUAUUUUGAAAAUCUGAUGAAGAUAAGUACUAUACAAAAAGUGUCAACAUCGGGCAGAAGUGAGGUCAAGGAUCUUGUAGAGGAACUAAAUGGUGCCAUCGGUACCAUUAAUCAGAGGUAUGACUCUCUUUCGACAGCAUCAUUAGUAGUUACUACAAAUGCAUUCGCCUCUGCUGUUAACACUGCAGCAGGGGCCAUCAAUAGACUCGGCACAAUAAUAAAACAGGAGUUCACUCAGGCGAAGCAAACGAUCGAUGACACCAAAGACAACAAAGAGUUGUUAACAGCUGUCGACGAACUCAAAAAUCUUCAGUUGCUGCAAAACUCUAUAUACGGCGAGAGAGGAACAGCCGAUGCACCUAAAACAGGAUCGCUCGCCAAACUGAUCGAGGAGUUGAGUACUGCAAUCGGCACUACUUCAGGUGACGAUGGCGGCAAACUUAACAAAGCGAUUGGCGCAUUUGAGACGUCUGCUAAACAACAAAUCAUUGAUGCUGCGACCAGCGCAAUAGAAAAGGCUGCAGCUCAAGUGACUGCAGAAAUGCAGAAAUUUAGGGAAGAAGACGGUGGCGUAUUUAGUAAGACUGAGUUGGGCAAAAAAGUUGCAGUUUUAAAAACACAUAUCAAAACACUCGAGGGAUUCAUAAAGGAGAAAACACAAGGUACGCUUCACUUAAAGCUGAAUGAAAUUCAAAAAGAUCUUGAUAUGCUCGAUAAGCUAAAAAUAGAAGACACAAACGAAGAACAUGAUGGUGGAAUUAACAAAAUGAAAAAAGCAGCAGAUAAGAAAAUGCAAGAGUUGUAUAAUGAGAUAUUUGAUAAAGUAAAUGCUGUUUUUAACACGCUAAAUGACGCCGAUAGAAAUCUAACACAUACCAUCGAUAUUGUCAGUGAAGGAGUUCACAGUGCGUAUGCGGCGUCAACUAAAUCUGUAGAAAAUAUAAAGGAAUACUUGCUUAGUGUCACAAGUCAAGCUUUCGACACCGUAACGUCUGCCGUCCGAAUAUUGUUCUCCGAACAACACGUCGCCGACCUUGGAGGUCUUAAGACGUUGGUGGAUGGUCAAUUAAGAAAAAUGGAACAAAUAAUUCAGAAAGAUAGAAGAACAGCAAUUAAAGGCCUGUUGCAAAAUCUAAAUGGCCGCACGUAUAUUGUUAAAGCAGGUAAAUAUCCGAGGUUUGAGAUGCCUUCCGGUACGUCUAUGCUGGAUGCAAUCAUACAGGUCGCGCAGUCCUCGACGUCGACGCUAAAUGGCGAAGCAUAUCUUCAGCAAUUCCGACAAUUAUCGGAGAAAUUCCACGCCUACUAUAAUAACGUUGACAUUUAUGUCGACAACCAAGUUAAAGAUCCAACCUCCCCCCCGCCCACCGACCAAACCACCGACCCAGCCACCCAGCUAACCAAAAUCAAAACUGACUUCGA